CCGUAUGUUUAUAUCUAUAUAAGUGGUAAUUGCUUUAUUCUAUCAGAGUAUCAUCCACCUGCUAUUCUUCUAUCACAAAGUAUCAUCUACAAUGCCCUCCACCACCAUCCAGCAACGACGAUGGAUUAUCUCCCUCAUUUUGAGGGUUGCUGCCUUCACUCUUAAUCUCAUCGGUAUCAUCAUGCUCGCAUCCUCGAGAAUUGCAGCCAUCCAGACCAUCCUCUUCGCCGUCGUGGCAAUCUGGUCCCUCGUCGAACUCAUCCUCCUCGUCCGGAAACGCACAAACCAUCCAGUCAUUAGUAUUGCACUCGAUGUAUGCUCUGUCGUGGUUCUCGUCCUGUUCGGUAUCUCUGUGAUCGGUCUCAUCCCGGCACGUGGUGGUACUGCGGCUCGGGCUUUGGGUUCCAUUGGUGCUGUGCUGGUGUUUUGUGCUGCGGUAUUUCACAUUGCCCUCUUCGUACGAUCGUGUUUGUAUCUUCGGGCAAAACGCCGGGAAGCGAAGAAAGUGGGCUGGGAGAGGGAGAUGGGUGAUCGUAACUGAUCUUAUUCAUAUAUGGCUAUGAUAGUAUUAGCAGCUCUUUGGAUGCUGCAUUGCAUGCUUCAUCAUCGCUUUGAGUUUCUCUCCAUCAAUCUCAUUCACAUACGUCACGUUGCGGAUAUUCGGGGGCAUCAGCGAUUUCUGAUAAACGUGGAUGUUGCCGUAAUUCGGGCUUCCGAAUGCCACGUCCACGUCGAGAUAGG